UAUCCGACUCGUCCCUUUCUUUCUCGCAAUGUUGAAACUACCGCUUUUUGUCUUGCUCAACGCACUCACUGUAUUUUAUUUCGGUUGGGCGUCUUCCGUAGCUAUCGAACUCCCAAGGGAUAUAUCGAGUCUUGAUUAUUGCUUUCCUGCUUUGGACUUCCAAACGCCGUUACUUGUCGAUGGUCUUGAUCCUAACAACUGGUGGUGCGAUCCAUCGACUGAAUAUGCGUUUGUUGGAUUCAGCUACGAGGUCACUGCAUGCCAAAGCCUUGCUCAGCUGAUAUUGGAAUUCGGGGAUAUUCGGCACCACUUUAACUCGAGAUAUGUUCGCCUAUACGGGGCAUGCGACCGGCAAGGAUUUUAUGAUGACAUUAUUGAAGCUGCUUGGGUGAACACUCUCGGUGUACAUGCUCUGAUCUGGUUUGGUUUUGAUGGCACUGAUCAGUGGAUUGGUCGACGGGAUACUCUAUUCGCGACCCUUCAUUCGAAUCCAAGAGCUAGAUUCGUUACACGAGGAGUCCAAUUUGGCUCUGAACCACUUUAUGAUAAUGUGCUGCCACACGCCGAGCUUGCUGCUCAGGUCAUCGCAGCGAAAGCCAAUUUAUCGGAUCUCAACAUCCCAGUCACCGUCAGCGAGUUGGCUUAUGGAUAUCAGGAGAGGGGUGGAGCGCAAGAUGUGCUUAAUGCUUUGGAUUAUAUCAACAUUCACAUGUUACCCUUUUUCGAUCAGACUGCAUCUAUCGCAAACGCGUCGUGGCCGCUUGUUGAAACUGAUCUGAACUGGUUCAUUUCUCAUGGAAAUGGGAAGAAAAUGUAUUUUGACGAGAACGGAUGGCCGUCCGUCACGUCACCUAGUGUCCAGCCCAAUAGCCCUUUGGCAGUUGCUAAUGUACAAAACGAACAUGAUUAUUUUGCCCUCCUGGACAGCAAAUGUGAAACACUCAAGCAAGUCGUGGACGGGGGUAUCGGUUGGUUCGCACACAUCUAUUCGGAUAAUCAAGAACCUGGUUACGGGAUAUACGAUACGCAAGGGAAUAUGAAAUUCCACUUCCAACCGCGCACGCACUGUUAGUAAAAAUAGUCCAUUUCUCUGUACCAGGAUCCCAACUCAACGCGAGCGAUCGGUAAAUCUGUUUAAACUAUUGGGUGAAUGAUUUAUUAUACCAUGGGGUCAUCUCGAUUUUCUAUACUAUCUACACUAGUCAUUGCAUCAUGUUUCUCAAUGUAUAUUAUGUCCCAUUGACAACAAUAAAUACACGACAAGCAGGUAUAAAAAA